AUGGAAGACACACCUCCGCCCCGAGGAGGAGUAGCAGCGUCAUCGUCAUCCAGAGCCUCACAGAUGUCAUCCUUCUCGUUACCCGUUCCUGGAGCCCCCUCAUCCAGUCUUGCAGUCUACAAAUCCCGGAUUAGGGCCGCCUUCAUUGGCGCCAACCCUCGAGUUUGUGUAGCCUUUUGGCUAUUUGGUUGCAUUAACAAUGUCCUAUAUGUCAUCAUCCUCUCAGCAGCUCUUGAUCUCGUUGGUCCCAGUCUACCAAAGGCCAUAGUUCUCCUUGCAGAUGUCGGACCCUCUUUUAUCACCAAAUUAACAGCUCCCUACUACAUCCACCUAAUCCCCUACCGGAUUCGGAUCCCGAUACUCGUCAUGCUCGCCUUCGUGGGUAUGCAAAUCGUUGCAUGGGGUGAAUCGCUCCCAGCUAGGCUUUUUGGCGUUGUUCUAGCAUCGAUCUCGUCUGGCGGAGGGGAGCUAUCAUUUCUGGGCCUUACACAUUUCUACGGUCGGUUCGCUGUGCCUUUCUGGUCCUCUGGGACAGGUGCUGCAGGAUUGCUGGGCGCAGGGCUGUAUGUUUUCGCGACAAGCUGGGUCGGAUGGGGUAUAAGGGAAAGUUUGAUGGCAUUUGGGUUCCUACCGAUCGUCAUGCUUCUCGCAUUCUUUAUGAUUCUACCACUAGACAUGAUCAAAGGCCAGAAAUGGGACGGAUAUGAACCAAUUGUCGAGGGUGCUGAUGUUGCUAUGGAUAGCGAAGAGACUCGCAUUGCUCAAGAAACGGAUGAUGCUGAUGUUGCACUCAUGCUACCUCUUCUUCUUGUCUAUAUUGCCGAGUACACCAUUAAUCUAGGUGUCGCACCUACGCUUCUUUUCCCACUUGCUGAAAUGCCAUUCAAGGCGUACCGUGACGCCUACCCAAUGUACAAUACGAUUUAUCAAACAGGCGUCUUUAUCUCCCGAUCCUCGACUCCAUUUAUACGUUUUCGCCAGCUCUAUCCGCCCGCACUUCUACAAUGUGUGAACCUAGUUUUUUUGGUACUCCAUGCAAUGUACAACUUCAUCCCUAACAUAUGGCUUGUGUUUCUGGUCAUAUUUUGGGAAGGACUGCUAGGCGGAAUGGUGUAUGUCAACACCUUUGCGGAAAUCACUGAUGAGGUACCAGCGGAUGAGAGGGAGUUUUCUCUCGGUGCUGUUACUCCUGGGAUCGAACUUAAUCGUCAACCAGAUGGUGAAUUCUUGCUCUUCAUGGGAGAAUAUAAACAUGCUGGUAAAAUUUACUUCAAGUUCAUCAUCGAUGGCACAUUGUGGAGGGUGAACCCUCAAUUCCCCGUGGUCAUCGAUGAAUUUGGAAUCGACAACAACUGCUGGACACCAGAAGAGGCCACUGAGCACCAUGACUCCUGUGAGAAGCGUCUCCGGAGAAAGCUUACUCUUAUGAAUAUCAAUCGAGAAGCUCUUUGUGAAUUUGCUCUUUCUAUUCAUGGAAGUGUUGAUGGCCACGGACGUCAGAUCGAGUGCGUCAUUGAUGAGAGUGGCCCUACUCUUACUUGCUCAACUCUCUCUAUGUCAAGCUCAUGGAGUGAGAUUGUGUUCUUACGUUUUCAACCUGUUAGGGGUGAGGUUUAUUUAUCAUCGCCCGAUGAUAAACCUUUGGAAGAAUUUCAAGAAAGCAACAGCUGUCCUGCUCGUGAAAUGGCUGGUGGGAUCUUGGACAAGAUCUACGAGAACGAAAAAGAAGAGGAAGAAAUCUGGGUAGCUAAGUUUCCAACAGACUUCAAUCACAAGAUGCUCCCCUAUAAACCUCUCAAGACUUACAAUAGUUCUGAAAGAGAGUUAUUAAUGGAAAGUGAAUGUGCUACCCUGCGUUUUCUCAACCAACAUACAAGGGUUCCGGCACCUCAGAUAUAUGCCUAUGAUGUACGCUAUACGCUAGCAUCAGGGGGUGAAACCAAAAUAAAAAUUGAAUCGCCAGAUCUACAGAGCAAUAGCUGGAAAUCUAUUACUGGAAAUAGGGUUGGGUGGCCAUUCAUCCUAUUGGGGGAUCUUGGGGGUACUCCCUCUUGGUUGCAGUUGGACAAUUCCUUGAAGGAGCCCCUGAUUUCGAAUGACUCGAGCGACUUACGAUUGAUGACCUGGAAACAGAUUAUGAUGUAUCGGAUGGAAUUGGCUGAACAUCCAUUAUCUGCAUGCGGAUACUUGACGCUUAAUUCGUUCUUUUGGCAAAUCAAGAAGGGACCCAACUCUCGUAAAAUCAGGACAACUAAGGCGGAAUUUGGCAUCCGUCCCUGCAUUUAUGAUAGAUGCAAACCAUUCACUCACUCAAUCGUGGCAGCCUUUAAUGUUCCACCAGGAGACAGGCACUUCCCACCGAUUAGCUCGAUCAGGUCUCUUGACUCUAUCACUGCAUACUAUCGUCAUCUUCUCAAUCACAGUUUUGUGCGUGGAAUCGACGAGUUCGUAGCUCUUUGGCAAAUGAAAGCUAUGCUGUAUGAGCUAUUCAGUUCACGUUACGAAUAUGGCCCUUUUAUUCUUCAAUAUCCUGACAUAUCUCGGCAUAAUAUCAUAAUUUCAGGACACCUUUUCGAUUGGGAACGUACAAAAGCGAUGCCAAUUCAAACUGCUAUUUGCCCACCAAGGAUGUGUUUUCUUUCUGAUUGGUACGAGUCUGGACCCAUUGAAGCCCUCGCAAGAUACAAGGCUGAAUGCCCUGAUAUCAUGAAACUCCUAGGUGUGGCCCAUGCCAACGAUGACCAGCCAAAUAUUCUAGGCUGUGUGCGUUUUUGCACCAAAGAAAAAUUUCUAUCAAUGAUUUCAGAAGAAAACCUACUAUUUCCAAUGGUUCUCCUUGAGGAGACUUGUAAGGACCAUCCGGCUUUGAUCGGAAAGAUCGCUCUUAAAAACCUUCCAAUGAUGUUUCGAUCUGUUAGAGGGUAUGAAUGGGAGUCCGUCAAAGAGGCCUCGAUGAACAAAGGGGCCUUACAGUUUGUUUUGCAAGACUGGGCGGAGGAACAGCGAGGAUCUAAAUCUUCCUAG